GUUCUUUUUGGCGGGUGUGGUGUGCUCACAGUCUAGUUGACCGCAAAGAUGGCUUUGUCAGAAACAAGCAUGUUAAGUGAAAGCCUGGACAAAACUACAAACAUAUUGUGGGUCGACCCUUCUGCAUUAGCUGAAGCUGACCAAGAAUUUCUCAUCUACUCACCUAGUACCAAAAGUUACUUGUUUAUGUCAAAAGAUCCUACCUUGUCACAUAGUAUGCAUACUAAAGUGGAAGCUCAUGAAACCAGAUUAUUUGAAAGGAAUUUGUUCAAACUGGAGAAAGCCAAUGUAGAGGACACAUAUUAUCUUUUGAAUUUGAAAACUGGCAAACAUGUUUAUGUUUCUGGUGAGAAUGUGUUAGGUGUGGAUGACAACCCAGUUGAUCAUCCGAAAAUUGAAAAGUUCCAGUAUUCAUUUGAAAAGGCCAAUGUUCUUGGAUUGUAUACGAUAAAGAAUCAGGAAAGCUUUUUGCAUGUAUCUUCUGUUAGGGCUGGCAUCCCAGCCUGCUGUGUCGUCAAAGCCAGUAGAGAUCAGCCAAGUAUUUUCCAAUUUGUUUUAGAAAAGGAUGUGAGAGAUGCAAAGAUAGAGUAUGAUACUGAACAUUGGGAAGUGCAAGUUAAGGAAAUACAGGAUCUUUUGUAUGAAUACCCAAAUGAAGGGGAAGAAGAAAUUUCUAAAUCAGUUGUUUUUGAAGAACCACCAAAGGGAAAGGAUUUGUUUCAAUUUGAACAUGGUUUUGAAUACACUGGGACGUUUACUGGAGGUGUUCCAGUGCGGACAGUUACUGAGGAUGGAGACAAAAAGUUAAUUGUUUUUGGUAGUAUUAUGUCGACGUCUUCUACUACGGAAAAUGGAAUUUCAAAUAUGAAGCACACACUGAAUUUCAAGGUCGCUCCUGGACACAAGACUAUCGCUAAAGCUACAAUGACUGAAAGUGUGUGCAAGGUUCCUUUUUGCAUUGAGGUUGAAACAAGAAGCAAAAAAGUGCUAAAGGGUAAAGGAACAUGGAUUGGCGGAAGUACCCCCUUUUCUGCUUAUAGCACUGAAAUGGUAAGUUUGGAGGGUGAGGAAGAUGAAAACAUUUAAGUACUUUCGGGAGAAUUAGGCGUUUCUAUCCAUAUAUCAUUGUGACUUGACUGCUUUUGAGAAUAAUAUUUUGAUAAAAUUACAUAUUCAACUUUUAUAUUUAUUUUUAUUUUGCCGUCAACAUGAUCUUCAUAAAUGCUACCAUCGAAGAGUUAGAAUGCUCUCCGUAUUGGUCAUAAUAAUCAGACAUUCUUUCAAAACUUUAACUAGAUAAAGCGAUGUCUUUUGCACUCGACGGGAAAAUAAUAGUUUGCUCGUUUCGACCAGUGGUUUUCUAAUUUUAUCUUAAGAAUCUAGGGAAAGGAUUUCCAAUAUAGUACUAUCAAUCAAUCAAAAACUUUAUUAAUGUGUCAAAAAAUAUUUAGCUUACAAGCUAAUUGAGGACACAUCAAAAACUAUCGAAUGCAAUAUCGCACUUAUUUCUUCAGGAUUAUCGAUUUAAAAUUGAAAGUGGGUAAUCGUGACUGAAUUUAACUAGGUAUAUCCAAUGAGUGUAGAUUUUUCUCUGUAAAUGUGGCCUUAAAGCUAAAUUUUCGGUGAAACGGAGAAUAGCUAGAUGACAUCAUAGGAAGCCCCUCGUUCCCCACCCCUUAUCGCGAUGGGUUGAAGUAAGGUAAGACCAGGGUUUGUGUUAAAACAUCGUCAUGGUAAGCCCUGAAUGACACGAAUUAAAAACUUUAUUGCAUUGAAAUCGUGAGAGUAAUGUUGAUUGUUUGGAAAUUUUAGUAAAUCUGAAGAUUCAUAGCUGACUGCACCUUGAAAUGCUAAUUACAAACUAGUUGAAUUUUAAACAUAACUUAGACUGUUUUGAUAAGAGUUGUCUGUUAUUUCUUAAUAAUAUGUCACUUUUUAAUAAAAUGGGGUUAAUAAUAUCAAAGCUUAUGAAACUAGAAAAUUUAUGCAUUGAUAAUUGAAUAUUUAAAUAAUUUUAAUUUUUUAUAUUUAUCACAUACAAAAUGUAGAAUCUAUUUGAUAUUAAAUUUGAAUUUUUUUUGCAUCCGGUAGUAUAAACGCCAUAACUCGUAAUAGAGAAAAAAACGCCAGUUUAAAAGAUGAUAACGAUAAUCAAA